CCGUUUUAGUGACAUUUACAGCUCAGAAUAGACGCGUGUAACAAAUAUAAGGAGUUAUAGUCGUCUAAAAGAUAGUCUUUGCAGUGAAGUAAAGUCAGAUUAUACAGUAAUGUAUCAUUUAGCUGGACUAAAAACGGUUAGAAAUGGGUAAAAUAUAGAUUUUUUGACAGCAGCCGUUGGAGCACUCAAGUCAUUUCCGGGUAAACACUGUGACGUUGCCGAUAAGACAUCACCGAUUGGCUGAUAGCUUGGAACGUUGAGCACAUGGUCCAAUCAGAACUGUGCUGAGCAGCGGAGCACGAGGGCGAAACAAAGGCUCUGAAUGGCUGCUUUUUAAGAACAACGGUUAACAGUUUAACGGUUUAAUUUUGAGUUUUUUAGCUAGCAGAGUGUUUUUUAUCGGGUUUUAUGGCGUUUAGUUACAUUUACAGCUCAGAAUAGACGCGUGUAACAUAUUUAAGGAGUUUUAGCCGUCUAAAAGAUAGUCUUUGCAGUGAAGUAAAGUCAAGAGCAGGCUGUUGUGGAGCAUUUCUAAUUGAGGUUGCAGAGUACAUCAUGUUAUUGGGAGUCUGCGUCGCCAGCGUGCUAAGAGACAACCGGGGGGGAAAUUAGGCAGAGCUCAGCGGCAGAAAACUGCAGAGCGGGAGAGACGGGUUGGAGACUAACCAGUGCUGUGUCUACUCUUCUGGAUGUUUCCUGGUUUACCCAGACUGAUGCAGGGCCGUCGGUCCAGCCCCCCGAUGCUCGGUGCUCGGUGGUGGAGUCGUGCAGCCGGUUGUUGACGCAGCUGCAGCCGGUGAGGGUGAAGCGCUGACAGGACGCUGGACGCUGGUGGAGAGAGAGCAGCUUCAGUGAAGUGUGUCUGCAGCAGCAAGCAUAACACUGGAUUACCAUCACACACAGGGCUCUCCAGUAGGGGGCAGCGUAAGACCGAGUACAACUCGCAUCCCAUCAGGUCCUCGAACGUCCUGCGCUGUCAGGAUCACGCCUCUGAGAACCAUGAAAGGCUCUCCUGACCUGAUUCCCUCCGCAGAUCUGGACCCCAGCAAAGUGUGCAAAGGGAAAGGAGUCGUGACUCUGAGGGCCACCCUCAUCCACAUAGACGAUGAGGGCUGCAUCAGCGAGGAGCCAAAUGUCAUCACAACGCCAAGUGGCUGGGCAGGCCAGAUUAAUGGAGACAGCUCUAAAGCAGGAUUGGCUGAGGGAGGCAGCAACAGCACAGCUGAUUUACCUCCAGUAAACAACACUCAGUGCCAGGCCAAUUCACCAGAGAGCAUAAAAGAGAACCAGGCUCCAUCUUCCACUGACAUCCAGAACUGCAUCACAUCGACUCGCAGCUCUGUUUAUCCCUGCACUAGCGCAGUUAACCCCACCAUAGUCCUGCUGCAACACAACAGAGAGAAGCAAAAGCAUCUUUCUCAUUUUGAAGACCCGACCCCAGAAAGGGACAAAAGCCCAGAUCCUGGGAGAGACUCGGUCAGUCCAGUUCCUGAUAUGGACUGGAAGAGGCUGCGGCUAUCUCUGCACUCCCCCGUCCUCGGUCCUCUCAACAAGCCCAUUGUGCCUGUACGGAACACUGAAAAGUCCAAAGACUGGUACAAGACAAUGUUCAAACAGAUACACAGAAUACCUGAGGCUAUUGAGGAAAACCCUUACCGCCCCACCUACAUUUUCCCCGAGAACUAUGACAUUCAGAUGAAAUCAAAAGACGACUGUCCCACUCCCUUUGGUUACUUGGAAGAUGUGAGAGCAGUCCCACGCUCAAAAAGUGACGCCGAGGUCGAUUCGAGAGGCCGGUCGAUGCCAGUGCCAACGCGGUCCUCUUCCCUCAAACCGUCUGCCAAAAGGAACGAGUGGGAGCCCCCGGAUAAAAAGGUAGACACCAGGAAGUACCGCGCCGAGCCCAAGAGCAUCUUUGAGUACGAGCCGGGCAAAUCGUCGGUGCUGAAGCUGGAUAGAACGACUCAGGAUGUAAAUCCAGAAGAUGUAGAUAUAGAGAAUGAGCCUUGGUAUAGAUUCUUUUCAGAGAUGGAGUUUGACAAAUCGAGUGCCCCCUCUUUCAGCCCCCUGGAAACAGCCUCCGACCUGCAGCAGUACUCCUCGAGCAAGUCUGGACACAGCGAGGUGGAGAAGGACGGAGGAUCAUCGGAGAGCGAGCCCGGGGCUCCAGAAUGCGACCGCCAUGUUUACAGGAGUGUCCUGGAGGGCGGCGACAUUCCCUUACAAGGUCUACGGGCCCUAAACAAGCGCCAAGCCAGCUCCUCCUCCUCUAAAGUGGAUUAUAAAGGUGGGAAUGGCUAUAUAAUUUCACCCUGCUCCUCUGUAAAUAGUCGAUCAGUUCUUGCCAGUAAUGCAAUAGGUAACCAGUGUAAGAGUAUGAAGCCUCUAUCUGCUGCCAAAGCCUGCAUACCUCAAAUCCUGCCCUCUAAGUUCAAACCCAAGCUGCUGCCGCCCAGUGGCGACAGUCAGGAGAGCAGGACUCACGCUGUCAGGCACCCAAAAGCCCACAGCUGUGAGGAUCUGUACACGGGGCCGUGUGACACAGACUUUGCUGGAGCAGAGGAAAGGGAGAGUGGGCAACAUUCAGACUCCAGCUGUGGCACCGAGUGUGCGGACGGCCUCAGGAAUGCUUCCCCUGCAAUUAGGAGGAGCGCAUCGGACUUUUCCAGCCUGUACAGGACCAUGCAUCACAUCCAGCGGCCCAACUCGGCCGGCUGCAGCCCCCACGGCAGCGUCCGCAGCCUGACCUCCCUUUUUGAGAAGUCAAAGGCCGACGGGGGCGAGAGGUCAGAGGCGGGUAACAUUCCACGGGACGCUGUGUUGUCACGGGUCAGCGAGUUUGAAAUGAUCAUACAGCGGUCCAGCCCGGCGCCCAGCCGCUCCUCCUCCCUGCCCACCCUGCACUCCGGCCACAGCCACAGCCCCGGCCACAGCCCCGCCCACCUCUACAUGGCGUCUGCAGUGUCAGCGGAGUCCCUUUUGGUAGCUGACGCCACCCAGAUGGAUGCCUGCUCCCCGGUGGAGGCAGAGGGCUGUGGAGAGGAGGCCUCAUCAGCGGGCGGUUUGACUGUGGAGGAUGCUGCUUCCCCCUCAGAGGACAGACACCAUGUCAGGACUGAGUCCCCCACUAACACCGAGGCCGAGGUCGAGCGGAUCUUCAGUAAAAGUACCCCAGAACUGAUCCACCAACAUGUCGGUGGAUCAAAGAGCCCCUCAGUACUGCUUACAGCAUCCCCCCCACAACACAACCAUCUCCACCAUCACCACCACCUCCUGCACCACCUGAACCACCAACUCCUCCUCAAACCCAGCAAAUGCAAAGGCUCUUGCCCGGCCUCCUACACCCGCUUCACCACCAUCCUCAGGCACGAGAGGCAGCAGGCCACCACCCAACAGGAGAGGCCGCCAUCUCUGGAGAAGAAGACCACGCUGCCUGGGAACCUCUUCCUCAUGGGCCCCGCUCCCUUCAGGUUACGAAAGAACCUGCAGUCCCACCAAACUCGGAGGAGCAUGCUCGCCACCAAGGUGACAGUGGACACCCAGAGGCUCAGCACUUUGUCUCCUGAGCCCAGACCUCUGAUCCCUCAGCGCCUGUCCUCCCUGGAGGUCCUGGAGAGGCUGAGUAACGGGGAGGGAAGCACCACCGACCACCUCAGUAACGGGCAGGGCUUGGACGCCAACGGGAACCUUCUGCAGCCGCUGGCAGCUCACCGCAGAGACUCGUCCCCAGUUCUCGGGGAGAGCCAGGAUGAAGUGUUGCGAAGGCGUCACGGGGACAAAGAGAAAAUCUUGGAGGAGCAGCGGCGGCUGAAGAGGGAACAGGAAGAGGCCGACACGGCGUCGAGACGACACACAGGCAUUGUCCCAACGCACCACCAGUUCAUCACCAACGAGCGCUUCGGAGAUCUGCUUAACAUCACAGAUAACACGGAGAAGAGGAAAUCAGGCGUAGAGAGAACUCCAGCCAUGGCUCGCUUCGACUUCAGAGCAGAAACUCUAAAGGAACUACCGUUUCAGAAGGGAGACAUUGUCUACAUUAUUCGACAGGUGGAUCAAAACUGGUAUGAAGGGGAGCAUCAUGGAAGAGUCGGCAUUUUCCCUCAAAGUUACGUUGAGCUCCUUCCCCCCACAGAGAAAGCCCAGCCAAAGAAAAUGGCCCCAGUACAGGUACUGGAAUAUGGAGAGGCCGUCGCCCGCUUCAACUUCAACGGUGACACAGUGGUGGAGAUGUCCUUCAGAAAAGGAGAGAGGAUCACGCUGAUUCGUAGAGUUGAUGAAAACUGGUAUGAAGGCAAAAUCUCAGGCACCAACCGCCAAGGCAUCUUCCCCGUCACCUACGUAGAGGUGAACAGACGACCCCGCGUCAAAAACGGGGUGGAGUAUCUGGACCCUCCCGUCAGCCAGUCGCCACAACGCAGCACCAACGCUUCUCCUCAGCUGUAUCGUAAUCGUCUGACCACCUCCCCGCUGCCCCUCCCUCGCUCCCCCCGCCGCUCCGUGUCCCCCGAGGUCCACGCCAUCUCCUCUGAGUGGAUCUCCCUGACUGUGGGAGGAGGGAGCCCUCCCGCCGCGCCCACCCCUCCCCUGCCGCCGCUGCCCACCGUGUCCUACCGCUGCGGCGAGUACCUGCCCCCGCCCUACUCUGCCAGCCCCGUGCCUCUCAUCAGUGGCAGCCCGUACUGCGUCUCCCCCACGGCUUCGCCAUCUGCCUCCCCUCUCCCCCCGCCUUACCCGCCCAGACCCAACUCAACCACUCCCUUCCUCACGUUCACCCCACCUCAGGGGGGGGACUUCCUGCUCUCCCCUCCCUCCCCACGUCUGUCACGCAGCGUGAGCCCCUGUGGAGGGCCGGUGCUGGAGGGAUGGGUGAGGGGGGACAAGGAGUUGACAGAGGGGGACAGCACAGAGGGGGACAGGGGUCACGGAGCCCCGGGCAGCAGGAUAAAUAGCCCUGCAGAGUUUGUGAAGAAUGAGGCCGACCAUCAUGGACGGAGCUCCAGAAGCCCCGUGAUGCUGUUCGACAUCCAAGAUAACAACAAUGUAAACUCCUUUGCGGAGGCAGUUUGUAAUGAGAUCUUGAAUAUAGCUGAGACCUCGGUGAGGUACUGCAGCACCCUGUCCCACCACCCUCAUGACUCUGUCCAUAGACUGCACCCCCACCCCAGUAAACAAUCUCUCAUCAUUUCCCAGCAACCCCUGUCCCACAGCAGCAGCCCGGAGCCGAACCGUCUCAACUGUGGAAUUUUCCAGGCUCUGUACAGUUACGUGCCGCAGAACGAAGACGAGCUGGAGUUGCAGGAGGGAGAUCUCGUCAGCGUCAUGGAGAAGUGCGAUGACGGCUGGUUUGUCGGUACCUCAAAGAGGACGAAACAGUUUGGGACUUUCCCUGGGAAUUACGUGAAGGAGGUGAAACUGUAAAGCUAUCUAAUCUGGCUGUAACACAUGGUUGCCUGUCAAGCUUGGAAGUCAUUACUAUCGCGCAUGGCUGUUGGUUAGCGUAGUCGUUUAGCCAGGCGAAUCCAUUUUGUCUGGGAAAGUGAUCGGUUCGGCCUGAGGUAUGUCAAACUGCACGGAGGGGAGGCGGAGACGGAGACAGCUCACUGCCCAAACCUCAGCAUGGUGUACACCUUGACCACAUUUCACACACUUCUUGACACGUCCGUCUUCACGAGUGGAAUUUCCUCCCACAAAGUAGCUUUUAUUGUACAGAUAAUAGCUUCCAUCUUGUCCGUGUAAUUUACAGUAUAGACGUGUUCACGUAGCACCUCAGCGAGGAGGCCGGCAGCAGAGCAGUGUGUGGAUUAAAGAGCGGAUCUUAUUACCUGAACGGGACUUGGGAGGAUUCAGAGUGUAUUUUUAUGGGAUGUGUGGUUGGAGCUGUUUGUCAUGAGCUACCUUUCAGCACCAGAGGUGUUAAUUAUGAUUAGUAAUGAUGAUGCAAACCAUGCGUUUGCUUCCAAAACAAAACCGUCAGUGUUUGGAUCAACAUUUAAUAUGGUGGUUCAUUCAAUUUUCCUCAGUUUAUACUUGAGAAAAUGACUUAAAUUCAGAGCCCUUUUACUUUGUGUUACAUGUUAUGAAUCAUCAUAAAGUCAGUAUUUGAAGAACAUCACAAAAUUCACAACUCAGUGUAACCCGAAAGCUUUAGAUACCGGUUCAGUAUUGCCUUCAUUUUCUAUAACAACAGUUAUUACGAAGUCAUGUAGAUGGCGGGAAACACUAAAAUGUUGACUUUAGCUUCUCGUUAGCAAACACAAGUACAGGACACUGUGUUGCAUGUCUGAUAAAAGUGAAGAGAAACCAUGUAUAUGCACAUCCUAUAUUUUCAGAAUCUAUUUAUUUGUCCUUUUAUACCUCUUCUGUUAAAGUAGAAGUGUUUGCUGAUGAACGAUGACUGUAAGGUAGCUGGUGGUAGACGCCGCCUGGCUCCAGCGCAACCACAGGACAGGCGUGGUAGCACUUAACUUCCUGUUUGGCAGGGCUGUCCCGAAAUACCAUUUUUGGGGCUUCGAAGCUUCGGGGAGAAAUAUUCGAAGAUAUUCGCGGAGCAGCGCGGCAGGCUGACAUGUUCUUCUGCUGCACUACUGUAUACAACACGCACCUCUACACACAGCGAUAUCCGUCUGAGAGUAACUAAUGAUUAUUAAUAAUGUUGUAGGAUUAUUCCUUAUUUCAUAGGCUAUGUAGUGACUUUAGGAAACAAACUAAAAGCCGCUGAGAGGCUGAGGUCGGGGCCCAGUUCGCUUGUCCGACGCGCUAUCAAAAUGAUACACUGAGAUUCAAAAAAGACGUUGAACAAAAUCUUAUUUAAUGAAAAUGAUCAACUUAUUAUAACUUGCACAAAAUCAGGACAAUCAACAGCGAUCAAAAGAAAAUAGCGGUAAACCUAAAAUACGGCAACCCACUCACCCUCUCUUCCCUCCGGCACCCAGGUGAACAGCUGAUUAUAUUAACUAUGAGUGUCGCCCACAUCCAUGUGACCCAAGUUUCCCAAAUCAUUGCGUUCACAUAAUAAUAAAUGAUAAUAUCCCAGACAUUAACUAAUACCAAUACCAAAAUAUAUAAACCAUCACAAACCUAAUUAACAUUAAUACAAACAUUACUCCUACAGGCUAUUUUGGUGAUUUAUACAUUCUUAUUAAAUACUUAUAUAUAUGAAAAAAACAAAGCAUUUGAAUACUGAUUUGGAGGUGGAAUACCAUGGCAACAGUCGAAACUUCGAAGCAUUCGGGUCAGCCCUACUGUUCGGUCAUCUACGGAGAUCCCAUCUAACAUGAUAAUAGUAGAUUCAUCACGAGAAGCUAUUUAAUGUUUUAAGUAAAGCCAACCAGGUGUCUUAGAAAAUAAUGAUUUUUAAGAGCUUAUUGAGAUUUUAACCACGCCCUUACUGACGAGAUUGUAUGUUUUAGCCAUGUAAAUGUGUACAGAAAACUUUAAGAGGCCUUCCAAAUAUGGCUACGUAUUUUCAUAUGUGAUGACUACAACUUCAGUGGAAUGAUUUAAACAAUAAAGUCAGCAUUAGUACGGCAUGAAAUCGGAGCAUGAAACACUAUCAAUCUUCGCCACCCUUUAGCUUUAAAGCAAACAGAAGUGAUGACAGGGUUAACUCCCUGAUGGAAGAUGGCUUUGAAUUGUGGUAUCAAAGCAAUCAGAGCCGUCUCCCCGCGAGUACAGAGCUCCCAGAUCCUGUAACAGACGCCACAUGUCAGAGUAGAUCCUCGACACACGCACAGAUUGAAAGACGAUAGCUAUUGUUUUCCCAUAGCUUGUGUUUUCAUCAAAUUCCUCGUUGUCAUCAACCGCGGCACUGUGCUCAUCCAGCCUUCGCAGAGCUGUCAAAUAGUACUCGCAAGUAAUUCUCAAUGCUUGUUACGACCUGCUCGGACUGGCAGUAAUUGCUGAGAAAGUCAUUUAAAGUCAGUUUAGUUGAUGCCAGGCAGUAGGUAGUGAGCUCCUUUUCCCAAUCAUUUCUAAUCAAAUGGUGCCAGACUAUCAGCGGGCCUUCCUUUUUUUUAAGAAUAACUCAAAAUCAGAAACAUAAUGUGAAGUAUUGAAAGAUAAAACAGUAGCUCUCACUUAGAUCUAAACGUGUAUGUUUACUAUAUCUUUGUUGUUUGAAUGUGUUAGCUACAGUUGUGCAGUGAUGAUAAACAUUGACCUAAUGGUUUGAAGCUGUAUGUGGCUGCCACAUGAAGUGAUAUAUGACGUUUAAUAAUUGACAUUAAUUUAACACAAUUCAGUAGCAAUCAGUGUUUCAUCCUCUCCGACGUUUGCGGCCGUUUCUUCUUCUUUUAUUUGCCAACAUCAGCAAAGGAAUGUUUUCUACAGAUAAUACACUGCAUUAUGGGUUUGCCUGUAUAGCACUGAUAUAAUAUUCAGGUAUUUUGCUACACCACAAAAGUAUGUUUUCCCCUCCACUGCUGGCUAAACAUUGUUGUUCCUGUGUAACUGCAGCUCCGCUUGAAUGUGCUGAUGAGGUUGGGAGUCUGUUGACCUCCUGCAGGCUUUUCAAAAGGAGCUCAAACAUGAUGGACAAAUAAUCAUUUAGUCAUAAUAAUAUAACACAACACUAGAUUGUUUCUGUGCUCCAUCACAGGAUGUAUGAAUGUAUGAUUAUAUGAAUGUGGCACACAUAAUAUGUAAAAAAAAAAAUGUUCAUCUUGAAUGAACAUGCAGACUAUUGAGCAGCAUGGCACAAGAAGAAGGAUUGUAAAUAUGUAAAAUAUAAAAUAGACUGCGAGCGAUGGGAGCGUCAGAUGGAGCUCUCUGUCACUCGCAGCGGUUUAUUAUUUACCUGAAGGAUUAAGCACAGAGUGGAGCGUUACUGAGCACAGGAAAGUUUGACGCAUAUGAACAUUACGCUGCCAUUUGUGACCAUCAUAAUUCCUUAUGUUAAAUGCAAAAUUGUGCCUCAUUUUCAUUUAUUGUUGUUUUUUUUUUGGGGGGGGGGGGUUAUCACUGAAAUGUAUCCAUGACAUAUUUAAUGUAACCAUGGUUUCCCCAUUAGUCCUACUAGUCUCUGUGAUGGGAGAACAUUUUACUAAGAACUUGUCAGUUACUGUGCAAGUACCUAAAAGUGUGACACGAUGCUUUAACGUAAUGAUUAAUAAUCAUAAGAAUGGACUAAGUUUGAUGAUGAGACGCACAACCUGCAACAGGUUUGGUUUGUUUGCUUCAAUUUUGCAGUGCUGUUACAUUGACAAUAUUAAAAUAAAAGAUACUAUAUACACUGCUGUGACUUCGGUAUUAUGCAAUAUUUAAUAAACCGUUUAAACCAUUU